AUGCCCAGCGAUUCUGAAAUCGCAUCCGCCACCCUCAACGAGGAAUUCACCCUUCGGUUUCCCUCAUUCAAAUCUGAAGAUGCUGUAACACUCGGACUUAUUCUUCGUAAACGAUUUCGAGGGUCGAUGAGGCAUGCAAAGGGCAAAGGACUGGUCAUCUCAAUCCAAACAGUAGCUGGUCAUACUCUCUUUGCUUGUACUGUCGGGGAGGGCAGUGACGUUAGCCUGGAUAGCUGGAUGCGACUCAACGCCAUCAUCAACGUGGUGAAGCGAACGGGACAUAGCAGUUAUUAUGUUUCUAUGGGCAUGAAGGCUGUUGGAAAAACACAGGAGCAGCUAGGGCUCCCAUCGCCAGAAUUCUUGAUGGAAGGAGGAGCAUUCCCAAUAUGGCUGCAAAACUCUCCUAUUGCCCCCAUGGGUAUCGUGGCUGUCUAUGGCGGGUCUUCUCAGGAGGAUCACAACCUGGUAACGAUGGGCAUCAGGGAUUUUUUCAACAAAAUGGCCAAGUCUGGUGGUAGUAUCAAAGCAGGCGAGCAUAGCAUUGCUGGAGAGUAA